UAUGAUUCAAGGACGAACACAAAUCAUAUGUUAUUACUUCUUUAGAAAUCCAAUUUGAGAUUUGAAGGUUAUUUUUCUUAUCCAUCACUUGGUAGGAAUUUUGUCCAAAUAACUUUCUGGACAAAGUUUCUACAGCAAUCUAUUAUAUUCAACUAUACUCGAGUUGAUAAGUAAUGGCUUCAAAAAUGCAAGAGCUGCCUCCUCCAGAAGGCUACCAGCCUCUAAAUUUUGCAAGAAAACCUGCGAAAAAAUUCUUGCCAGCUAAAGCACUGGUAGCCUUAUACCUUACCGGGGUUUGCUAUGGCACGUACAUGUUGAAGCGCAACAUAACCAAUUAUGAUAAAAAACUCGUUGAAGAACGAAGCUCCAUGUUGGCUCUUUUGCCUAUGAUAUUUGCUGAAAGAGACAGAGAAUACUUGAAACAGUUGCGUCGUAACUUCGAUGAAGAAACGGAACUGAUGAAGAAUGUAGACGGCUGGGUUGUUGGAACCUACUAUGGAGAACGGGUGUUCAAGACUCUGCCCCCCGACACUCUCUACAAGCGAAACAUGAAGGAAUACUUUGCGCAUGCCGACGAAGAGGCUUACAUGAAGAAGUCCAAACUGUUCCUCUUCUCAUAGAU